ACGUCAAAAAUUGAAAAAUUUUAACAACCUUUGUGACUUUGUGGUAUUUUGAGUUUAUAGUUUUGUUAAAAUUAUUGCUUAUGUCGGUAUAAACUACAAAAAUGACGAUCCACAACAUGUAUAUUUUUGAUCGAUACGGGACCUUGCUUUAUUACGGCGAGUGGAAUCGAACCAAACAAUCAGGAAUGUCUCUUGAAGAGGAAGGAAAACUUAUGUAUGGAAUGUUAUUUUCAAUUAAAUCAUUUGUUACGAAGAUAUCUCCAUUGGACCCAAAAGAUGGCUUCAUGCACUACAAGACAUCCAAGUACACCCUACACUGUCUUGAGACACCUUCCGGCUUGAAAUUUGUUCUAAAUACUGACAACCAGGCCCAGGGUGUGAGGGAUUUGUUGAAAAAAAUAUAUGCUGAGAUUUAUGUUAAAUAUGCCAUUAGAAAUCCACUAUGUGGUAUUGGCGAGCAGAUAAAUAGUGAAUUAUUUAAAACCAAACUUGAUGCUUUCAUAAAACAGACCCCUAACUAUGCAGUCAGGGCAUCUUGAUACUAGUUGUGUAGAGAAUGUGUGUAAAUAUCUCAAUGCUUGAAAGUAAAUGUGUAUUGUAUUUUAUACUUUAGACAAUGUUUAAGUUUUAAAUUAAGAAAAAUUAUAGUUGUAAAGUAAGAAAAUAAAUGUAAUUAAAUAUA